AUGGAGAAAGGGGCUGGAUUUGAGAGAGAGAAUACGAAAAAGAAGAAGACAGUGAGUGAUGGGUUUGUCGGCGGUUUUUUCCCUGUCUCUACCACUAAGAUCGCGUGGAAAUCAAGAAAAAGAUCAGCAUCCGUGAACCCAGACAAGGCACAGGAAACUGCUAUGGAGGUCACGCCAGAGAAGAAUGAGACAACAGCAAUGGAAACCGAGAAAGUUGGGGAACCAAUGACUACAACUCCUGUUCUGUCCGAGAAAAGAAAAGCUCUGUUUGAGCCACUCGAACCCAUUACAAAUUUGAACGGAAAGCGACCAACAGCGGCUGAUUCUCUGUUGCCACCGCCAGAUUUCGAGUCUGCAAACUACCCGAAAGGCUGGUUGAUCGGUAAGAAGAGGAAGCUGGUGAAUGUUGAUGUAGUUGAGAGCAUGCGGAGAAUCGCUGUCCAAGAAAUGAACAGAAAGGAUCGAGAGAUAGACGGGUUAAACGAGCAGCUAGAAGAGGAUUCACGUUGCUUAGAGCAUCUGCAGCUUCAGCUGCUACAAGAGAGAAGCAAGAGAACAGAGAUCGAGAGAGAGAACACAAUGUUGAAAGAGCAAGUCGAUAUGCUUGUGAACAUGAUACAACAAGAAGAAGAAGAAGGAGCCGAAGAACCAUAG